UUUCUAUAAUGAUACUGCAUAACUUAGUUACUGGUAUUGACUUCAACACUUCCAUCUCUGAAAUGGUGCAGUGUAGUUUGUGAAUUUAAACAUAAAUGGAUUCUGUGAAGUACUAGUAAAUCACCGAUUAUCUCCCUUCACAAUGAGACGAGAAAGCAGGGAGAACAUUCAGAUGACCAAAAAUGGAUCUACUAUAACCUGUCAGUUGGUCACAAAUACUCAGCGGGGUUCAAAAAGCCCUAGCCCUACAAGAGCUGCUAGCAGUAGUCCAAAAAGGGCAAGUUCUGCUAAGAUGUCUGACUCUCGUCCCCAAUCUGGCAAAUCCAAAUCUCCCUCCCCCUCCAGAAAAAGCUCAGCAAAGUCAAGGUCAAGCUCCCGCAAACGAGACUCUGUCAGCCCUGGUGGAAAGAAAAGCAAGAGUCCCUCCCCAAAUCGUAAGGGGACAUCCUCUGCAUCCUCCAGAGGCCGUUCAGCAGGGAAGAAGAAAGUGAGAGUAAAGUCCCCUUCCAGGACCCAAUCAGGACUCAAAAUAAGGGAUCUGUCUGAUCAAGGCCUAACAGCGGUCCCCCCUAACCUGCUGGCUGAGAAAGACCUAGGAAUUGUUAACCUCUCUGGAAACAACCUCAAAACUCUGCCACCUGAGAUCACAAGAUGGGACAAGCUAGAAAAGCUAGACCUUAGUAAGAACUAUGGACUACGCAGAACAAAGGCCAAUGACAACACCAGCUUACCACAGGAAAUCCUGACCCUCGUCAACUUACGGGAACUCAUCAUAUCAGAAUGUAAUCUACAGCGACUUCCUACUAUCAUUUGGCAAAUGACAAACCUCCACGUUUUGGAUGUUAGUCGCAACAAAAUCAACAUUCUUGUGCCAGAGGUUGGAAACUUGAGCAAUCUAAGAAAAAUUAACUUGAAGCACACAAAUAUCACCUCCCUGCCACCUGAGAUUGUGUACUGUCAAGACCUUGAGGAAAUUCUCUUGUGGGGAAACAAGAUUUCAACAUUACCAGAAACCCUACCAGAACUAUUAAAAUUAAAAACACUAGGUCUGAAUUAUCGUGAUUUCUGUGGACAAAUGGAUGCUAUGAGGGAAAAGUUUCUCAAUACUGGACAAGUUAAAUCAGACUACAUUCCUCAAAUUGUGUUUGACCUGCCUGCACUUGAGUCACUGGAUUUAGAAGGUACCAAGAUUAACAACAUGCCUGAAACAACUAACCAUGGUCUAAGAGAACUUAAUCUUAGUCGAAAUUUUCUGAACGUGUUGCCGAGGAGUGUGUACAAUUUGAAUCACCUUACUUUACUGAAUUUAUCAGACAACCAAUUCAGCAGUCUUCCAGAUGAAUUGGGAAAUCUGAAAAGUUUGACAAAACUUCGUCUUGCAAACAACCAAAUCCACUUUUUGCCCUUGACAAUUGGAAACCUAAAGAACUUGAAAGAGUUGGAUGUGUCAUUUAACAGAUUGAAGAGACUUCCAAUUAACAUCAAAGGCUUAAAAAAUCUUAAAUACCUCCAUGCUGAAAAGAAUGACUUAACUGCUGUGCCUGAUGAAAUAUGUGAAUUGGUGGAAUUAGAAACACUUAAUUUGACAGAAAACAACAUCCACACAUUACCAAUGAGGCUACACCGUUUGACCAAACUGAAAGAUGCUCAUGUGUAUGACAGAUAUAACAAGCAUGGUUUGUGGCUUUACAAAAACCCACUCACCACUCCACCAAUGGAGAUCUGGAGGACGGACAAAACUGAAAAGAUUUUUGACUACCUCAAAAAAUUGGCCAUCAUCAAAACUGAGAAUCUGCAGCGUCAAAAAAUGCUAGUCCUGGGAGAAUCUCAAUGUGGAAAAUCCACCUUAAUGAUGGGGCUAGUGCAUGGCAUUUCUCUCUCUUCAAUGGAAGAGGAUGAUAAAGGCAGGAAAUCAAAGCAGGAGGACAUGGAAGACAAGCGAAGAAAGAGUUAUGAAAGCAACAUAGAAAACUUAGUUCAAGAAAAUGGAGAGAAUCAACCAGAGAGUUUGCCUCCUACCAACAAAACUGAAUUCAUUGAGCAAACCAUAUGGAAAACUGAAAACAUGGUGGAGUUUGUAAUAAAUGACUUUGGUGGAGAUGAUGCCUACAGAAUAAGUUAUCCACUAUUCCUAGAUGCCAAUGCACUGGUUCUGUUGGUUUAUGACCAUAGUGAGUACUCAAAGGAAACCCAUCAAACCUCCAUCGGACAGUGGUUGGAUCUUCUCAGUAGAUACACACCUGGUGUAGCAAUCAAACUUGUGGGCACCAAAACAGAUUUGUGUGAAGAUUCUUUUACUGUGGAAGAAACAGAAGAUCUGGUUCAAGAACUAGUCCAGGAACACUUAGAAAACUAUCUUGGAAAAUUGCAAAUGGAGUUAAGUAAUGUUGAGAAAGACUUGAAAGAGGCAAUAAGUAGUUCCAAUGAAGAAUACAUGACACAUCUAAGAAAUCUGAAAGAAAAACUGGAAUACCUUAUCUCAAAACCUGUGAAAAUUAUCCCUGAAAUUGCCACUGUGUCUUCACAAGAGGGAUUACCAGGUGUCAGUAAGCUUAUAAACAGUAUUGAACUGCUGGCCAUUGACACAGAACUAUUCCCGCAUGGCCAGCGAUGUAUACCAGACUUGUGGAACAAACUUAGGGCCAGACUCAAAAGACGAAGUGGCUACUAUCUCAGCUGGGAGGUUGUAGAAAAAGUGGCCAGUAUUUCCCACAUUAAGGAAGAAUCCCUAGAAAGUGCUCUACAAUACCUCCACGACAUUGGAGAAGUGAUGUGGUUCAAAAAUAAUCCUGGACUCUCCAAAAUCUUGUUCCACAAACCACGACUGUUGGUGGAUUUAAUCACCUCACUUUAUCAUCAUAACUUUGAGGAAUUCUUCAACUAUGACGAAAACAAAAUUUUCAUGAGCAUGGGAAAAUUCAAUAAAGACACUUUCAAUGAAGCUGUAGAAAUCUUUGUAAAAUAUGGACAGAUUUCUCGACCACUCUUGAGCUGUCUGUGGUUCAACCAUCGUCUUACAGAUUCAAAGUUUACAGAACUCCUAGAACUCAUGCCUUAUCUAGACAUUUGUUACACAAUUCCCCAACCAGAGGUUCCCACAGGAAACAACAUCAAACUUCCUUUAAUGGUACUGCCUUGGUACAACAAAGAAAUGGCAGAAAAUGAUCUGGUUGAGGAUUUUGAGAAAAGUCCUCCAGAAAAUAUAAAACCAAUCACUUUGGAAUAUAAAUUUCCACUUAGACUACCAAUGGGUGUGUUUGAAAGGAUUUCUGCUUGCCUUCAAGAUUACGUCCUAUCCCGAAUAGACUGGAAAAAUGCAGUUUAUGCUACUUUGGAGGAUGCCAAUUUCCUCCUUCUCUGCUCAGCAAGUGACCUUAGUUCAUGUGACUCAAUAGAACUUAUGAUCAAAGGACAAUCUGAAAGCCUCCCUGCAUCAAGUAUAAGAACUAUCUCACAGAUCAUUGCUAACACACUGCUCAAAGUAGAGGGACUUGUGUGGAAAAUUAAAGCACCCAAAGAUGCAUGGCUCAAUCAAGUUAUUCAAUUCAAAAGGAAAGAUAUUACAACUGAGGAAUGAGUGGCUUUGUUUGUUCUUUUAGAAGAUUUGUCUUGAACAUAAUAUUAUUUAUUUUUAUUGUUGGAAUGAUGCUAGAUUAAACUGUGGACUGAAUCAGAUGACUUAGAGAGGGUGUGUAUGUAUGUGUGUAUGUGUGUAUAUGCUAGGUGAAUGUGUUAUCACAACGUUUGAAUACUUAUCAUACAAACCAUAUUCAAAUUUAUGCAAACACAUUAGCAUGUAUGUACCCAUAAACUUUACAAACAAAAUCUGUGAUAUAAAAGUCAAAGUGCAUGUCAAUCAAAUACAAACCUUCAUAUCUAUGAACAACGCUCA